UCACAUGAGCGGUUUGUUGUGACUGAAAUUCAUCUUGUUCAACAUAUAGCUUAAAUAUAACUUUAUUAGCCUAACAUUUAUCGGUUUUGGUGAAAUUAUCCGGUCAAUAUACCGAAUUGUUACGUGUCAUAAUCUUGUAACGAGGCAGCAGAGCGACUUUCCACCGAGUGAAAGCGUUUUGGUUUUUUUUCAGUGUGAUGCUAAUGACUGCUAACGUCAGUGGCUAAAACACGAAGUCAUGCUUCGGUGGAUUCUCGGAGGUCGGGAGGCUCAGAGUUCAGUGGAGAAAAGCCCUGUGUUGUGCAUCGGAGAGGAACAGCCCAAAAACUGGUUCACUGAGCUGCAGGUGCUGAAAGGACAUUUUGACAUUGUUCGAUUUCUGGUGCAGAUUGAUGACUUCAGAUGUGCCUCAGCAGGAGAUGACGGCCUCGUUUUGGUGUGGAACAUUGAGACGGGUGAGAGGCUGCAGGAGCUGAGGGGCCAUUCCCAGCAAAUAACAGCCAUAACCACCUUCACCUGUAAUAAUGAAGUCACAUCGCACACCUCACUCAUUACCGCCUCCUCAGACCGAAGCCUCAGUCUUUGGGAUCCUGAUACAGGCAACAGGGUUCAGAUCAUUUCAGAUCUUCAGUCUUCCGUAAAGUGCUUGCUGGUGCUGGAACGUCUGUGUUUGUGGGUCUCUGGUGGGGAAGAAUUGUGCCUAUGGAACAAAGAUUUUCAGCUGCAAUGUCACAGACAGAACCACAGCGAUACUGGAAUAACUGCUUUAAUAGAGCUGCCCAAGAACUGCAUAGCAGCUGCUAUGGAUAAAGAGAUUGUGAUCUACAGGCUGACCGUCUCUGAUUCUUCUGUGUCAGUGGCUGAGAUCCGCCGUCUGUCCGACCACCAGGACCAGAUUCGAGCUCUCAUUAACAUCAAUGAUGGGCUUUUUGCCAGCGGUUCCCAUGCCGGCGAGUUGGUUUUAUGGGAUGCGAUUGAUUGGAACAUCCUGGCCUACGAGCACAUCCUGUGGGAGGAGUCACAAGCCAACACCCAGACUGAAAUACGAUUAGGUGCCCCAAAACCCAGCGAGAUGUCCAUUCAGCAUCUGACCACCAAUGGAAAGCUCAUCCUUGCGGCUGUGGGCAGUGGGCUCUAUGUGUACAAUGUUCAGACCAAAGCAGUGGUGGCCUACAGGAAGGUUGCUCAUGACUCAAAUGUGCUACACACUAUGCUGCUAUCCGACAGUGAGCUGAUGUCCUGCUCUGAAGACGGCAGUGUGAGAAUAUGGGAGAUCCAAGACUUGCCUUUGCCUGCUGAGCCAGCCUCUCCAGGGUUCUUUGGGAUGUGGAAUUUUAGCCGUUCAAACAAACAGUCUGGUCCUCCAUCAAAGAAGGUCAUGGACAUUCCCAACAUCAGGAUGCUGGAGUUGACAGGAGACCUGAUUGGACACUCUGGAGCAGUCCAGAUGUUUGUGAGCUUCAAGGAGAACGGUUUGGUCACAUGCUCGACGGACCACCUGCUGAUUCUGUGGAAGAACGGAGAACGACAGUCCCAUCUCCGCAGUCUGGCACUUUUCCAGAAACUGGAGAAGAAGGGAGGACUUUGACCUGUAACCCUAAAAUCACUGCCUUACAGAAGGAGAGGUGGGAGGUUGUUGCUUGAUGUUGCUCUUAAAUCAUGUGAAUGUUAGUGUAAUGAUUGUUGUUUACAUUUUAUUGUUUUCCUUUUGACUGAAAGCAAAUAUUUAACAAAACAUUUAAGAAGUGAGUAAAUACCUCAUCUCUGAAAUGGACAAAUGCUUUUGCUUCCAACCUGGAGUGUUGGAGUGCUGUGACGUUACAGUAAAGUCAGUCAUUUUGUACCAAAUGUUGCCUAUUAUGGGUUACAUGCUAGUAUGAGGUGUGAUGAAAAAAUUAGAGACUGUUUAUGUUGAACAAGCAGUAACUCUCAAAGUCAUGAGACCAUAUGAUGCUGUGCUAUUACCAGCAACACCUGUGUUCCAUGGGAUUUUACGAUUACUGGUAGGUGUGUAUUUCUGAUUUUUCCAUAGACUUCAACCAGAGCAGAGAGCAAACUUGUGUUGGUCAGCAGCCGGGACGAUCCAACCGUUAAGUGGAGCAUUAUCACUGGUGACAUAUGGUGGGUCUGUGGCUACAACCCUGAAUCCAGACAGCAGUUUUCACAGUAGAAGAGCUGCAGUCUCCAAGACUGGACAAAACUGGACAUAAUUGUUUUCUUCAUGUGGUUGUACACCGUGAAUUUGUCUUUCAGGGUCAGACGGCCAACACAGAGUUCUACUGUAACAUUCUAAGGUGUUUGAGGAAAAACAUUCAGAGCAAACAACAUGAACUGUGGCACAAUGGCAUGUAUGUGCAUUACAAGAGUCCUGGGAACUGUGUAUCUACAUGUUUAGUGUAUGAGGUUUGAUCAAAAUGUUCAGAGAGUGUCUAUAUGUAAAAAGCAAAAACAGCACCUCAUUGCUAUUUGCCCCCAUCCUCAUUUAAAUAGUCUUCUUGUACAGCGGUAUGCUGCUGCCAGUACUCCUACCGGGACUGUAAUGCUUCCUGGAAGUCACGUUCUGCCAGCACGAAUCUCCUCCACAGUCAAAAAGCUGACCAUUCAGUUUAAAUUUCUGUUUGGGGAAGUCAGUCUGGUGAGUGGGGUGGAGGGAGCGCGUGGUGUGGCCUUAAACCCAGUGCAUAAUUAACACACUGGACAGGCCUAGAGCACAGCUGGAGCACUCAAAUGUCAUUGCACCACAGUUUAAACCUUUUAUGCGGAAUGUUCUCCCUCAGAUGCCUCAGGAUGGCUCAGUAACUUUCUGUUAAACCUGAGGGGCAAUUCACGGUGCACAACCAUAUGGAUGUUGAAGAAAAUUGCUGGUCCGUAGCAAUCCAACUCUUAAAGCCAGUCAUGAUCCUUGACUUUAAGGUUGGAUCAUCCCAUCUUCCAGUUGACAUAGAAUAUAAUGUUUACUUCUCUGCUCCAGUUCGUGAUCCACCCGUGAGUUGUCACAAAAAUGUCUGUAGCAGAAUUUUCUGAUUUUGAUUGCACAAUGUGAUGUGGAAUCCUGACAGUUAUGUCUCGCAUAUGCUGCAUGCAUGUGCAAUACAAAGAGUUGCAGAACUAUUUAGUCGCACUUCAUAUAAGCCUAGUCCAUGUGCGUUAUUGUAGAGUUUUAUCUCCAUGUGCCAAAAACACCUGUUCUGGUUCUUGUCUUUUACUGUGAAGGGAUGAUUGCUGCCACUUAUGCAUGUAUUAAUUUGCACUGACGUAUUUAGUUAUUUUUGCACUUUUUUGCAUUCUUGGAUGAGAAAAAUGCCACUCUUAUAUCUGUCUGUUCACAGAAACUCAAAAAAUUGUUAGCUUAGCACAAAAUAUAGAAACGAGAAACCCACUACUCUGGUGAACAAAAGUAAAGAAAAAACUGCUACCCCUGCUCCAGAAUCUCACCUAUAAAUGAAUGAAUGUUUUUUAUGGGCAGAGCGGUAUUGAUCUUCUUAUCCAGCUUUUGUAACGAAGACAAAUAAGGAAAUUUCUUACUACAGUAUUUCUCUAAAUGUGUUGCUGCCAUUGAUGGAACAAUUUCAUAUUUAAAGAAUGCUUUAAUCAUCUCUUACAAUACAUUUUCGUGUUUGACAGAAAACAUCAAAGUAAGACAUAAUCCAGACAGAUCAAAAAUACAUUAAACUUUUCAAACAAACAUGGACAGUUUUUAGGUGACUCUAACAUAAAGCUUUGUAACUACUAAGCUUGAGGCAGUAAAAUCUUUCAAAACACACGCUUUGCUUCUCAUAGCCGAUAUUGAUCAUUUGUUUGAAAAAUAAUUUUUGUACUGCAUAUAAUAUCACUUUCUAAUUGUUGUUCCAUUUAUAAAUUAUACAAAACACAGAAUUGGCACGUUCUCGCAGUCACGGCCAUCAGUGUCACAGAUGAGGGAGAGGAAAUAGAAAUGACUAAGUGAUGAAGGCUUAUCAUUUCAUAACAAGCAGUUAGACAAUCUGGUUCUGCCUCAAUAGUCUCAAUGAGAGGCAUUAACUGACUGACUGUCAUCUAUUGCAAUUAAAAUCAUCAUAUUCCAGUCAUUGCUACUCAUAGAAAAGGCAUGGUUGACAUGUAAAUCUGAAAUAUUUAAAUUGUCUUUGUCAAUAGAAAUCUUCUUUAUAGACUUGCAAAAAUAUCUUCUCAUGAUCAGUGAUAGCAGCUAUGAAACAUUCAGAUGUGGAGCUGCAUUUCAAGUCACUGUAAAAAAUUAGAAAUUUUGGAAAUCAACAGCAACAUGUAACAUCCAAAACAAACAAAAGUUACAUAAGCAAAAUAUGUAAAAUGCAAAGCAGAAAUGAUGUUGGCUGAGUAUUUACAGGAACAACAGGUACAUUAGGUAGUUUACAGUGUAUUGCAACAAUAGCAGACCUUAUCAGUGAGACGUGACAAGAUUAAGGCGUCGAUUAAGACCUUGAUCAUCAACAGAGUGACUACGUAUUUGUGAAUACACUGAACAUGGAUGUGAACAGUUUUAAAGUCAACUGAAGCAUUUAUGGUAUUUGAUCCAAUUGCACUGAUUCAGUUUCUGUCUUUAAAAACCUCAAAGUUGUACAAAACACAGGAUAAAAUGUCAGGACCAUCGUGACCGAACCAUCAGCACUGACUCACCAACUCAAAACUGUAGCACAGCUUAAAAUAAAUAUCUAAAACGCGUAUGGCUUUUCUUAUAAUUCUAUAGAGGAGGAACUGUUUGAACAAAAAUACUUUAGUUAGCAGGUGUAAAGAUGACAAAAGAAUAAGGCACCUUUUAAAGAGCUCUCUAUGCCUUUGGUUAAUACUGUAAUGUGUAUCCUCUGGAUAAAUACACACUUACUGUACACAGAGAGCUACACAUCCUUCUACAUGACCUCCACUGAGGUAAAUAUGAUGAAAAUACAAAAUUUCACCAUAAAAAUAGUUAUGGAUAUUGAUAGACUUAGCCACUAACCACUGUUUUAAGUUUUCUUAAUUUGCCAAAAAAUAUCAAAUUUUCUGCUGCUGGCAAUAGUGGUCUCCAGUGCAGUUAUACUUUUAAAGUCAUCAGCUUUUGUCUAACCCCCUGAACCCUAAAACCCGCUGAAAGGUUUGAAAGGCUUGUUCUUUAAAAAGAAAAAAACUAAACUAAACAAAAUUACACCAGAGCCAGAAGCUUGAAAACAGAAGGAUCGGUGAAUUUCAAACUUUCCGAUAGUUGAACUUCUCAUUCUGUUUCUUCAGAAUACCUUUGUGGUAUUUUAUCAAAAUCACUUAAUGUAAACUACUCUUUAAAAGUCUGGAGUCACCCAGGCAAAUCUCAUGAUUUCCAUGCAAAUUCACACUUUCAUUCAUGUGCUAACAUAAUUGCACAAGGCUUUUCUAAUUAUCAAUUAGCCUUUCAACACCAUUAGCUAACACGAUGUAGCAUUAGCAUACAGGAGUGAUGGUUGCUGGAAAUGGGCCUCUGUACUCCUAUGUAGAUAUUCCACUAAAAACAUAAAACGAGUGCAGUACUUCACCAAGGCUGCUCUGUCAUCGUAUAAUUUCCGACAGAUAAGUGCCGAUAAGUGGUCGAUUUUCAGUAGAGUUGCAAUCGUGAUCGUCAGCAGGCAGUGGAGGUAGCGUUCACUUGUCAUAAUUAGUGACGCUGUCUCGCUAUCUCACAUGAUACAGAAAUCCAUAACAAAUCCGUGGUUCCAGACUAUAAGCCAAAUCACUGCCAAAAUCUAAUCACUUGGUCCUUGUGUCAUUUUUGACCUUCCCUGAAAAUUUUAUCCAAAUGCGUUAAUCCGUUUUUGAAUAAUUUUAUGCACAGACAGAAGGACAAACGUACGCUGAUUGUCACAUAACUCUACUGCCUUCCUUGGCAGCGUAGUCGGCCGUUUCCAGCUAGAAGAGUCAUUUACCACAUUAACAAUGUCUAGACUGUAUUUCUGAUUAAUUUAUCGUUGUAAUCAUUGAAAAAAAAACUGCUUUUCUUUCAAAAAUAAGGACAUUUCUAAGUGACUUCAACCUUUUGAACGGUAACAUACGUCUCUCAUUUACAGAUACACCAUUCACCCUUAGCAAAUUCUCUAAAAAAACAAACAUUUUCAGGUCAUUGGCACAUUUGAGAAACUGCACCCAACCGUCAGGUGACAAUAAUUUAGAGACUAUUCGGCUGAACUGCAGGCCGUGUUGACACAACGAUGUGCUAUAUAACAUAUUUGUAAUAUUUUUUCUUCUAUUGGGCACUUAGGAAAUUGUUUUUAAAUUCCAUUUUUUCUCUCUUUUUUGCAAAAUCAUUUAAGACAUUCAACUUCAUUUUUUUCUUUUUAUGAUUUAUGGCAUUAUAACUUUGUUUAACUGAACAAAAGACAUUUUAAAGUUUGGUCUGCUUGUAUCCAUGGUGCCGUUUUCAUAGAGGUGCAAGAUUUUAUAUUGCAGUGAAAAAUUAGCUCACAGUGAACAAAAAUGUAAAAAAUUGGGGUUCAGAGGGUUAAAUAGCUGACAUUUCAUUCCCAUAACAGCUGUUAAAUCAAUAAUUUCUCAUGGAUGUUAUUUGACUUACAAUGUAUCAUAACAAAAACUACUAUGCACCCCUUCUAGAUCGCCACCAGAGGGCAGGCAACUCAUACAAAUCCCGCCAUCUCAUGGACUUUACUGUCUACGUCAGUGAAUCCAAAAAAAAAUUGAAAAUCAUGUACAUGUAGAAAGUUGUGGUUGCAGGAUUUGAGAUGCAGUAAAAUUGCUUUAACUAAAACCGCAUAAGUGGUGGUGCUGAUUAGUUUAAGGAGCAGAUGCUGGCUCUGCAGCUUUUACAAGGUGGAUCUAAACCUGGAUCUGCUGCGCUGUUAUACAUCUAUCAGCCACAAAGGUCGACAGUUUUGCUUCACAUACAACGCCCAUGCUGCUCAGAUGCUCUCAUGUAGGAUUUGUUUCUACUCCAUUUUUGGGUCCAAACGUCUACAGUUAGUGUCACAAAGCUAUGAAUGUAACUUAACAGCUCCGAUACAGUGCAAUUCUGCUCCUCCAUUUGUUCUGACGAAGAUCUCCAUUGUCCACACUGGCUGCUUUCACAGUGCACAGAGGAUGGUGAUACGAAAAAUGUAAAUAGUAGGUUAUUGGGUGAGAUAUUUCACAACCUAUUCUGCAGCUACAUGACCUUAAAAUCCAGUUAUCACCACAAAAACAGCCCUUCUUUGAUGUCACCUCUGUAUAUAUAAGGGGCUGGACAUAGAGUUUCUGUGUGCUGGCUGGCACUGCUCCUUCAUUCUUAGCUGACUAUCUUAAAUGUUUCCAACAAGUAUUUUCUUUGUAGAGCUGACAGAGACUGCCAAGAAUUUGGUCCCAGAGACAAGUCAAGAUGUCUCCUAGUCGUUUCACAGCUAAUAAGAAUGAAUAAUUCCUGCUGAGCACCUUCACAAGUUGGCAAUUUGAAAACAGUUUGAACAUGUGCACUCACAUUCAGUGAAAAGGACGAGUAGAUGACUCUAGAUACUUAUUUCUGUCAGUGUCUCUAGCUAUUGUCACUUGUCAUUGUCCAUAUUCUUUUACAGCAAUAUACAGAUAUUGGAUGAAACCAUUUCUUAAAAUAAAAUGAAGAAAUUAUUAACUGUGAAAAGCAAACUAAGCAAAAAGGAGCUCAAAAUUAAAAUGUCUGAUUGGCUAAAGUGCAGGUUUCUGGUGUGGUACACUGUUAAGUACAGAUUGUCAGGUGAGUCAUGAAGUCUGCACAGUCUCAUAGAGGUGCUAUAAGGAAUACUUCACGGGGCCAUGAAGUGGCGACAGAGUCGACAGGGCCCUCAAAUGACAACCUGCCCUCCACUGGCAGAACACCACCUCCAGCUACAACCAUACAAGAAAUGAAGCUGUGAUUUGAGAUGGAAACAGCGCCUCAGUGUUCGUUAGUCAGCGAUGUCAGCUCUCAGAGUCCCCUAUUGGCCGAUUUUCUUGUCCUGGGACGCCAGAGUGCUGUCAGAUCACAGCUGAAAGCACUAAUAGUUCCACCAGCAGGGGCGCGUUCACUGUCCUACCCUGCUUCGAGCGAUGGGUGAGAGGAGGAGAAGGGGAUUUGGUCAAGAAGGAGGGGGAGGACGCAGGCUCUUACACUUCAUCUCAUCCAAGUUCUUCCAGUACUUGUAGUUCUCUGACAGGUGCUCCAUCAGACCAGGAAGGCUGGCAAAGGCUGCGAGGAGACACACACAAGCUGAGGUGAGUAGAAGAAACCACAGACGCUAGAACACAGAUAUAGAUCAUUUUGUGGAUUUAAAGGACAGAAGCACAUUUUUUUCAUCUCUGUUGAAACAAUACCACCUAAUACAACCAUGGGCAUAUUUACAUUAAUUUAUUGCGAAUUAUAAGUGAGGGAGGCAAAAUCCACCAAAGUUUUUGCUCCUGUCACCUUUUAACUCACUGUGGAAAAAUUCUUCACAAAAUCCUGCACAUCCAUGGAAACAGCACAACCAUGGCUAGAGGUAGAUAGAACCUCGAAUAUUUCUUUUGUGCAGUAUGACACAGUUAUACUGCCAUCAGUCAUCAACCAAAAAAAGUUGCUUUUGUCUUUUUUUUCCCAGAAAGAGAUAAUCAAUAUGUACACUAGCAUUCAAAAGUUUGGGGUCACCCAGGCAAUUUCAUGUUUUCCAUGAGAACUCACACUUUUAUUCAUGUGCUAACAUAAUUGCACAAGGGUUUUCUAAUCAUCAAUUAGCCUUUCAACACCAUUAGCUAACACAAUGUAGCACUAGAACACAGGAGUGAUGGUUGCUGGAAAUGUUCCUCUGUACCUCUAUGUAGAUAUUCCAUUAAAAAUCAGCUGUUUCUAGCUAGAAUAGUCAUUUACCACAUUAACAAUGUCUAGACUGUAUUUCUGAUUAAUGUCAUCUUCUUUGAAAAAAAAAAGCUUUUCUUUCAAAAAUAAGGAUGUUUCCAAGUGACCCCAAACUUUUGAACGGUAGUGUAAAAGCCUACAGAUGUUGCCAAUGCUGGAAAGGAAUGGUAAGUUAACAUACAACAGAUAAUUUACUAGUUGCAUAUUAAAUAUAACUUGUUUCGAUACUUGACACCCAUUUGCUCGGUGUAAACACAGCCUGCAGUUCAGCUGAACCAUUUCAGGAUUUCUGACUGCUGGUCACAGCUGAGUCACUAAUGGCUUCAUGAUUGUGCUGAGAAGUACAGAAUGUUUUUUCUUCAUUUUUGCAUUAUUACGCUGCCAAGGAACACGGCAGAGUUAUGUGACGAUCGGCGUACAUUUGUCUUUCUGCGCAACAUUACUCAAAAAUGGACCAACGGAUUUGGAUGAAAUUUCUAGGGAAGGUCGGAAAUGACACAAGGACCAGUUGAUUAGAUUUUGGCAGUGAUGCGGCUUACAGUCUGGAUCCACGGAUUUGUUAAAGAUUUCUGUAUCAUUGCGAGGUAGCGGCAUGGCAUCACUCUAACUAUGACAACCAGUGAACGGUAUGUCAGCUGCCUGCUGAUGAUCACAUGAUUGAAAUCCUACUACAAAUAGACCACUGCGGACUUAUGGGGACUUAUCCGUCAGAAAUCACACAAAGACUGAGCAGCCUUUGCGGAGUACUAUGCUCUCUGAGUGCUUUUCUUGUUUUAAAUGAGACAUGUAGAAUAAAGUGAUUUUAAGCUGUGA